AUUGGAGGAGUAACCGUCAGGGUCGAAGUAGAAGUCAGCGGCCAGUGAUUUAGUUAGGGUUUCUGCCGGCGGUGCCGUUUUGCCGCGUCGGAUGGAGGCAGAGGUGAUUUGGAACUUCGGUUAACCUCGGCAUAAUUCCACAGCUACUGGUUUCGGAAGAGAGAUGGAUCUGAAGAUCUGGACCAUAUGGUCAUUCUUCUGGCAAGUGGCCGUGGCCGUAACUUCACUGGUGGUGGCUGUAACCUUCCUUUUGAAGAAGAAGAAGAAGAACUCUAAACCCUCCGACGACACCCCCAAAUCGUCAGAAUCGGAAUCAUCGGGGGCUGAGCAGCAACAAACAUCGUCCACCCCUUGCUCGUGGCCUGUGGAGUAUGAGGUCUUCCUGAGCUUUAGAGGCCCUGAUGUCAGGGCAAAUUUUGCUGAUUUCCUCCACAAAUUCCUGGUUCGGUACAAGAUCCGAACUUUUCUUGACGACGAAGAGCUGCGUAAGGGCGAGAAGAUUGCACCUUCACUCGUCAAGGCUAUCGAAGAAUCGAAGGUGUACAUUCCGGUUCUUUCUCCGAAUUAUGCUCGGAGCAAGUGGUGCCUUCAGGAGCUAGCUCAGAUGAUGAAGUGCUGCAAUCAAGGGAAUGGCCACAUCAUGUUGCCCAUUUUCUUUAUGGUGGAGCCUAGAGAUGUGCGGCGUCAAGAUGGUCCCUACAAGGCAGCAUUUCAGCACCACAGGAAGAAGUAUGAUGCAGAGACGAUUGAUGAAUGGAAGGAAGCUCUCCAGGAGGUCGGGGCGAUGAAGGGAUGGCACAUUACUGAAUCGGACGGGCAAGGAGCUAUUAUAGAUGAGGUUGUAGCUAAGGUGUGGUCACACCUUACUCAGAAUUACACUUUAGUGACGGAUGAGUUGAUUGGAAUUGAUUCACAUGUAGAAGAAGUGACAAACCUACUAAAUUUAGGCUGUGAAGGUGUGAAGAUUAUUGGUAUUUACGGUAUGGGUGGUAUUGGUAAGACCACUAUUGCCAAGGCUGUCUAUAAUAAGGUUCAAGCACAGUUAGAUCAUUAUAUUUUUGUGGAAGAUGUACGAGAAAUACUGGUGGGACAUGAUGGUGCCAUAAAUUUGCAGAGUAAGAUCAUCUCUGGCAUUCUGAGGAUUGAUUAUAAGGUCAAAGAUGCUAGUGAAGGAAUCCGCGUGAUAAGAGAGAGAAUCUGCAAGCGCAGGGCUCUCAUUGUUCUUGAUGAUGUGGAUGAUCGGUUUGAAUUUGACCUAAUCUUGGGGAAAUUGGAUGAUUUCUCCUCGGAAACUAGGAUUAUCAUUACGACCAGAAACAAAAGGGUUUUGGAUGUUCUUCAAGAAUUUAAGUUGUAUGAACCUGGAGAAAUGAGUCCAGAUCAUGCUCUUCAACUUUUCAACAAGCAUGCCUUUGGGACGGAUAAUCCUCAAGAGGAAGAGGCAAUUCUGUCUGAGGAGUUUGUGAAAGUUGCAACAGGCCUUCCUUUGGCACUUAAGGUCGUUGGUUCACUUUUGUUUCGCCAAGACAGAGAAUUUUGGCAAGCGAAGUUGAUAGAGUUAAAAGACUUACCUCCCACCAAGGUGCAAGAGAGAUUAAAAAUAAGUUACAACGAAUUGAGUUACAAUGAAAAACAAAUCUUCCUUGAUAUUGCUUGUUCUUUUAUUGGAGAAAAUAAAGUAUUUCCCCUUUACAUGUGGACUGAUUGUAAAUUUUAUCCUGAAAGUGGAAUUAAAACUCUCGUGCUUAGGUGCUUGAUAAAAUUUAAUGAGAGAAAUGAGUUUUGGAUGCAUGAUCACGUCCGAGAUUUAGGCAGAGCAAUUAUUCAUGAGGAAGAUAAUCAACGUCCAUGGAAGCGCAGCAGGAUAUGUUCCAAUGAAGAUGCCUUUGACAUGUUAGAAAGGGAAGAGGGAAGUGAUCUUGUGGAAGUUCUUAGAGUUAACAUGGCAGAUGAAAAUCUUCAGCUGACAGAUCAAGUAUUUAAGAAGUUUUCAGGAUUAAGGUAUCUAGAAGUGCAACAUGGAAGACUGACUGGAGAUUUUAAAGGAAUUUUACCAAGUAUACGCUGGCUUCGAUUGCACGAGUGUAGCUCGAUUCCCAUUGAUCUCAAUCUGAAUAAAUUGGUGAUUCUUGAUAUGCAUAGUUGUCCAGUGGAAGAUGAUUGGAGAGGCUGGGGUGGAAUUAAGGUGACUUGCAAGCUGAAAGCUAUAAACCUAUCGUUUUGCGGCGAGUUGACAACAGCUCCCAACUUGUCCCACUGCAGAAGUCUAGAGUUCAUACAUUUUUGGACCUGUUGGGAGAUGAGGGGGGAACUACACGUUGGCAGUUUCAAGAAUCUGAAAGUGCUGAGCCUCACUAUGACUAAAAUAACAAAGUUAAACGGUGACUUUGCAAGGCUUAAAAAUCUCCAAGAGAUUGUUGCGGGUCAUUUGACACAACUGCCUGCUGGUAUCAGCUGGUUAUCCUCUCUCAAAAUCUUAAAACUGACAUCACUUGUGUCGGAGUUGGAAGAAGUAGCAGCACUCCCCCCAAGUUUAAAGCAGCUAGCCCUCUCGUCUUCCCGGGUUCCUAACCUUUCUGAGCUCAGGGAUCUGGAACAUCUAUCCUUUGAGAGAUGUGACCAGCUUGAAAUUCCAGGAGAUAUAUGGAAGCUAUCCAAGCUGACAACACUGGAGCUUUGGGACUCGUCGUUUAGUAACAGUGGUAUUAUCGUUUCUGUCUUCCCAUCCUCUCUAAAAAGCCUUUUGAUUUCUGGCUGUGAGCCUUUGGAGAAACUACCGAGCCUUGCAAAUCUGAACAACCUGAAGGAACUGAGAUUGAUGCGGGUUCAGGUACAUGAGGUUCAGGGUUUGGGAGACCUGAGAAUGCUGGAAACUUUGGUCAUAUCCAGUGGUCCGAAUCUUGGCAAUCUCGAUGGGCUUGAAAAUCUAUUGCUUCUGAAGACACUAAAGGUGGAAAACUGUUGUUUACUGAAAGAACUUCCUAGUUUAUCGAAUUUGACAAAGUUACAGCUACUAGAGAUCAGUUCCUGUCAGCUUCUCUCUGAAAUCCAAGGCCUAGGAGAACCAGAGGAAUGCUCUUUAUCGAGUCUGUACAUUAUUGAUUGUCCCAGCUUAGCAAAUACCGGGGGCCUGCUUCAGGCUCUUGGACUGUCGGAAGCACAUGAUCAGCCUAUGGAACAACUGCUGCCUUGCGUCUGGAAGUUAGCCAGAUUAAGAAAGCUAGUCCUGUAUGCAUUCGAGACAGAUGGCCACCAUCUUUCGUCACGAGAACAAUUUCUCGAUGUGUCUGGUCUCCGUGAUAUCGAGGAGCUAUUGAUCUUUGGGUACAAACAGUUGACCAAGGUUUAUGGGCUUGAGAAAUUGGAGACCUUGAGAUCCCUUAGUAUAUCAGACUGCACAUCAGUGAGGGAGUUGCCUGAUCUUUCUGGUCUCAAGAAUCUCAAGAACUUAAACAUUGGUGGAUGUACACAGUUGAUAGAGAUUACAGGACUUGAGAGAUUGGCGUCGUUAGAAGUGCUAGAUAUGUCAGGCUGCAAGUGCAUUAGGAAGUUGCCAGAUCUAUCUACUCUUAGAAAUCUGGUGGAACUUGUUGUUGAUGAAUGCACACAGUUGUCUGAGGUUACGAUACUUGAGAGAUCAGAGUCGUUGAGAUCACUCAGCAUGGUGGAUUGCUCAUCGAUUGCCCAGUUGCCAAAUUUAUCUCGAUUUGUGAAUCUGAAGUCAUUGCAGAUUAGCCGGUGCACACGGUUGAGUGAGGUUAAGGGGCUUGAGAGGUUGGAGUGGCUAGAAUAUCUAAGUAUGUCAGGCUGCAGUUGGAUUAAGGAGUUGCCAGAUUUAUCCGGCUUAGAGAAUGUUGUUACUUUAGAUAUUAGUGGUUGCACAGGGUUGACUGAGGUUGUGGGGCUCGAGAACUUGGAGGCGUUGCAAGCGCUGCAGAUGGCUAACUGCAAGUCGAUAAAACAGUUGCCUGAUCUAUCUGGUUUGAAGCAUUUACGUGAACUGGAUAUCACGGGAUGCACACAAUUGGCUGAAGUUGCAGGAGUCCACAACUUUGAGGGGUUGGUGAUCAAGCUUUAA